CUGGCAGAAAUUGAUUUGGAGUUGUGUGCUGUUUCAUUUGUGAACGGUCGGCGUAAUGUGUUAAAAUUACUCAAAGGCGAAGAAGUGGAAGAUAUCCCAAUUUCAAAGUUCGUAUUUGAUGGUUGCUCGGAUUUCAGAAAAGACGUCUACAGAGCAUUACUUCGUAUUCCAAGAGGAACUACAAAAACAUACUCUGAGAUAGCAUCUCAAAUCGGUCGUCCAAGAGCCUACCGUGCCGUAGCACAAGCUUGCAGUGCUAACAUACUGGCUGUCGUCAUCCCUUGUCAUCGAGUCGUCGCUUCAAACGGAUCACUAGGCGGUUACUCAUGUGGUGUUGACAUAAAGCGACAGUUGCUAAAUAUCGAAUCUUUAGCAUGUGUACUUAAAACGCGAACUUCCUAUAUUUUUAAUGUUCCUAAAACACGAACUUCCUAG